CCUUUCAUCUCAGGCUUGGUCCGGCCCCCCAUUUUCGAAUCCUCAUCUGCCGCUCCAACCGAUUUGCUAGCCUAGUAGUUAGCUGGCUAGCUAGCUGGCUAGAGCCUAGCUAGAUAGAUACUAUCUAUCUAGUCCGUAGCUCACUUCUACCUUCCAUAUUCCUUGCUUGCCCGAUGCCCCAAACAAGCCCUCUAGCCGAGAUCGUGGAUCCGAUCGACGGGACAGGUCCUGGUCUGGUCAGGUACAGAUUGCAGGAGGCUGAGGCGGGAGCUGGAGCUACACUGCCGACGCCAUGCCACGCCACGCCACGCCACGCCAUGCCAUGCCAUGCCAUGCUAUUCGUUUGUCUUGGCUGUCGCGUGCCCUAGCCGUGAUGGUGACCGCUUCUUCGUGUCAUGUCUUGAGUCUUGACAUGGUAGAUACAUCUGGAUUCUAGCGAAUGAGUGAGCGAGUGGAUGGAAUCUCCGCCGUCUCAGUCCCAGCAGAUCUGCACUCGUCUGAAACAGGAGG